AGUGUCUCUCAUGUUCACUUGGCACAGAAUUUCAGUCUUUACGGGGCUCAGAUCUCUUCAGUCUCUCCACAAUAAUGAGUGCUCUGAAUUAAAGCUGGGUACUCCUACAGAGUAAUCAUCAACUACCUAAGUAAAAUUCUUUCUUGUCAUCAUCUCAGUACACCAAACCGAGAUCCUUAUGCUCCCAUUAGCUACUAACUUUCUUAUUUUAAUCAUUUUCGCAAUCAGUUUGGUAUUCCAAGUAAAACUCAGAACCUGCUUUUCCCUGGAUUAGGUAUAACAGAAAGUACCCCUCUUUUCUUUAUCAUAGUUGGUUCUGAUUAUAUUUCAUAUGUAUGUUGGUGGCAUUUGAACCUGUGGCGGCCCUUUGAGUUCAAUCCAAGCAAUGAAGAAUUUCUGGGUUUGUUCGAGUUUAUUGUUGUUUGUGAUUAUAUCUCUGUUACCUCCGAUCCCAACUGCUCAGUUAACUCCGAGGGAGAGCCGGAUUCUAUUCCAGGUUCAAAAGCUUCUUGAGUAUCCUCCUGCUCUACAAGGAUGGUCGAACUGGACCAACUUCUGCUACCUUCCUCCUACUUCAUCUCUCAAGAUUGUCUGCACCAGUAACCGCAUAACAGAAUUAACGGUCGUCGGAAACAAGACCUCUCCUUCUCACCUCCCUCAAAACUUCGCCGUUUCUCAGCCGACUACUCUGUCCAGAAGCUUCUCCAUUGAUUCCUUCUUCACCACCGUCACGAAGCUCUCCAACCUCAAAGUCCUAUCCCUUGUCUCUUUAGGCCUGUGGGGCCCACUGCCGGCGAAGAUCAACCGGUUCUGGUCGCUUGAGCAGCUCAACGUUAGUUCGAAUUUCAUCUCCGGCUCUGUUCCUCCUUCACUGGCUUCGAUGAAGAAUCUGAGGAGUAUUAACUUGGCUGAUAAUCUGUUCAGUGGGAGUGUCCCAGAUCUUAAGGGCUUGGCGCUUCUUGAAGAAAUCAAUUUGGGGAACAACCACAUUGGACCUGCGUUUCCCUCGUUGGGAAGUAGCCUUGUCAGUCUCAUACUGAGAAACAAUUCUGUGAGAUCUGAGGUUCCCAAAAUGUUGACCAGCUUUGACCAGCUACAGCAGCUGGACCUCUCCUACAAUAAGUUCGUUGGUCCAAUGCCUUCUUUCUUGUUCUCCCUUCCUUCACUUCAGUACCUAAAUUUGGCUCAGAACCAACUCAGUGGGGCUCUUUCGUUGAACACAACUUGCAGCGCAAAGCUUCAAGUUGUGGACGUUUCGCAGAACCUUUUGAUAGGGAAACUGCCUUCCUGCAUUGGAUCGAAGUCGUCGAAUCGGACGGUUCGUGAUUCGUGGAACUGUUUGUCUAGUGGAGUCUCAAAGUAUCAGCAUCCCUAUAGGUUUUGUCAAAAGGAGGCAUUGGCUGUCAAGCCACCAGCUAAAACUCCAGAUGAGAAAGAGGAGUCAAAAAUAAAGAUAGGGGUUGUGCUUGGUAUCAUCGGUGGUAUUGUUGGUGUUGCUGGAGUCAUAGGGUUGCUUAUUUUGGUCAUUAUCAAAAAGGCAGGAGAUAGGAAGACAGAAGAUACAUUUGACAGCAGAUAUCAGCCCGAAAAGUUUACAUUUCGAGCAUCCCAAAUGCCAAACUCAGAUGCAAGGCAUGUCCCCCAAAUGAUGAGGCUGCCAACCCUUGGUCUCCCACCGUAUCGUGUUUUCACAUUGGAAGAAAUCGAGGAUGCAACGAACAAUUUCGAUGCUUCAAACCUAAUGGGGGAAGGAUCUCAGGGACAGGUCUACAGAGGUUGGGUGAGGGAUGGUGCAGGGGUACUAGUGAAAUGUGUGAAAUUAAAGCAGAAGCAUAUGCCCCAAAACUUUGUGCAGAAUGUGGAAGCCUUGUCAAAGCUAAGGCAUAGGCAUUUGGUCAGUGUUCUUGGACACUGCACUGUCACUUAUCAGGACCCUCCUAAUACAGCCAUCACUGUAUUCAUUGUUUUCGAAAACAUCUCAAACGGGUCAUUGAGAGACCAUCUCACUGAUUGGAGAAAGAAAGACUGGCUCAAAUGGCCACAGAGAAUGGCUGUUACUAUUGGUAUUGCAAGAGGAGUUCAGUUCUUGCACACUGGAGUAGCACCGGGCGUCUUUGGAAAUAAUUUGAAGAUGGACAACAUAUUGUUGGAUGAGAGUGUUUCUGCGAAAAUCAGCAACUAUAACCUUCCAUUUCAGAUUGGUUCAGAGAGUCCUAAACCCAGUGCUGAAGCCGAGAAGGAAGAUAUUUACCAGCUGGGUGUUAUUCUGCUCCAAGUUCUUACUGGCAAAUUGGUCAAAUCAACAAGUGAAGUGAAUGACCUAAAGCUUGAGCUCGAGAAAGGCUUAACAGAAGGGCAAUCGAGACUACGACUUGCAAUAGACCCCUCUAUCCAGGGCAGUUUUGCAUACCAGUCACUGAAGACGGCGGUCGAAAUCACCAUCAAUUGUCUGUGCAGAGAUCCAAGCAAGCGUCCUUCAGUGGAUAAUGUUCUCUGGAACUUGCAGUAUGCAAUUCAGGUUCAGGAGGGAUGGACCAGCAGUGGCAACCUUAGUGCACAAAUGUAGUGGUGUAGCUUUCUUUAAUCCCUGUGUCUAUACGAAUAAAAUGUAAAUGCAACUCGCGCUUGCUGCUUACCGUGAUCAAUUUCAAUACAACUAUAAAGUUUCUCCCAACCUUUCAAAAAAAAAAA